CAAUAAAAUCAGUGAUAACGCGGCCACAACUCACACAAGACGCGAUGUGACACUUUAAAUAUCAUAUUAUUAUUUAUGUAUAAAAUAUAAUCAAUGUAUUUACUAUAAAUGUGUGUAUAAUACAUUCGUCUCGCCAUGGGGGUGCCUAUGGUUAAGAAGUGUUGUUGCUGUGCCAAUUUGCACACUGGUACACUGAUCAUAGGCUAUUUAUAUGCGAUUUGGUCCCUGGUGGAGCUGGCGGUGUACGUGCUGCUGGUGAGGCUGGCUCCUCUCGGUACUGUCGGCGUGGUCUCCUCACACAAGUACAUCUUCUACGUGACCGCAGCGGCCGUCAGCGGCGUCACACUCUUCUGUUCUUUGCUGCUCAUCGUCGCUGCCUAUAAGAAGCUUCCAUUCUUGACGUUACCCUGGACUAUUGUGACCGGCAUCCUAACGGCGGUGUUCUUCGUGCUGUGUCUCACCGGGAUCAGUCUUAUCCUCCAGGACACCGGGGAGAUGCUGGAGAUAGAAAUCAUCAUCAUUAUCGUUCAUCUCACUAGAGCUUGUAUAUCAGUGUACUGUAUCAUCGUGGUUCAUAGCAGACACAAACAGAUAAUGUAUGAAGACGACGAGAGCCGGUUCCAGAGAUCGGCCAGGAGGUACCAGCCGGUGGAGAUUAGGGAUGUGGCCAUGUGAGAUAAUUAUUACGAUAAAUGGAUAUAAACAAUCGGUAAAAGUGAAGAAAAAUAACGUAUUGAACAGUUUUGAGUCAAUAAUUGUAAAGGUAUAUUUGUACUUAUGUUAAAAAUAAGGUGUGGUGCUGAUAAUAAGAGUAAUGUGAUAAAGGUG